AUGAUAUAUUUCCAUGGAUUGCGAGUCCAAGGAAUUCGUGUGGGAAACGCAGAGGUUCCAAACCAGAAGCCACUCAAAACCGGUCUGCAAGAAGUUUAUGGAAUCGGUCGGCGUAAGUCUCACCAGGUUCUCUGUGGGCUCGGCAUCACUAACAAACUUGCCAGAGACUUGACCGGUAAAGAGCUCAUUGACCUCCGUGAAGAAGUUGGGAUGCACCAACAUGGUGAUGAAUUGAGGAGGCGUGUUGGAUCGGAAAUACAGAGACUGGUGGAAGUAGACUGCUACAGAGGAAGUAGACAUAGACAUGGAAUGCCUUGCAGAGGACAAAGGACCAAAACCAACGCUCGUACUAAAAAGGGCAAGAGAGUUGCAAUUGCAGGAAAGAAGAAAGCUCCUCGCAAAGGAAGAUGA